AUGUACGGAAACAUUCACUUCGAGUCGAACCCGAAAGGUCUGACGGGCAAUGUGCCGAGGAAUGGAGUUGAGCAAGAACAUGUGGAACAAAUUCUUUACCGGGCGCUGCGUGAAUUUCACGGUACGAAAGAGUUUCCGCAAUAUCGUGGAACACAUUCGGACGAUGGAUCAUCCAACUUCGAGUUAAACAACAACGAUUCGCUUCCACAUAAGAAUGAGCAGUCCAGUUCCACAGGAUCGGGUGUGCACAGCGGCUCCAAGCGUUUGGUUUUCAUGAUGGAUCAUGGAGUUGAAAUAGGGGAUCGGCGUCACCAGAUGAGGCAUGACGUCUCGGCGUCAAUUGCAGAAAUCGGCGAUCGUAUCAAAUUACGAGUGAAUUCUCAGCUCUUCAAGAGAGAAAACUUCUGUUGGUAUUGUUACGAGAAGUGCUUGGAGACGUGUGCCGCUGAAAGCAUUAUUCCACCAAGCGUCUGUACCCGUUGUUUUUGGCAUCAAGGACACUGUAUGAGGGAUGGGAAAGUCGUUGCGGAUUUCGGUGUCAGUGGUGGUCAUUUCAGUCUUCCACAUGAGUGGGUGGCCCACAUCAAGUGUCGCCACUGUGGAGCUGCUGCUCGAGGUCCACAUGCCAAUUCGCACAGUCCUGUGUUAGAGUUUGACAAACUUAGUCUCCACAGCACUUAA